UAAAACAUCAACUUUUUGUUUGUUACUGGGGGGAGUUUCAUUUCAUCAACAUAAUUAAGCUCCUCCCAUGUUCCACCCAAAACCUUCUUCUCAUCACGUCCUGUCUUCAGGAGCAGAACCAUGAGCUCCCUGUUUGGAAUCCUCUGCCUCCUCUCGGCUCUUGCAGCAACAAGUUACUCUUACUCAUGUUCUCGGUGUAGUUCUAUAGCCAUACAUUGCCCAGCCAACAACAUCACUUGCCCAUCAGGAGAGGAGUGCCCAGGCGAUACUGGUGGAAAGAAUGCUGCAUUUCUGGGCAAGUCACGUGCACGGUCAUCUGAAUGUAGCCCCUUGGACAGCAGGAGCGCGCAGCAAGAAAAAAUGAGGAUAAUCAAUUCAUGUUGUAACACGAAUGACUGCGAUCUUUAUAGUCCUUUAUGUAAAAUGAUGGCUGACAUUUUGGCCUGGACAUAUGAAUGUGCAUCUGAAUGUAACUUCUUGGGCAGCAUGCGCCUACAGCAACUACAAAUCAGGAUGAACACGUUAUGUUAUGGCCAUCCCAACUGCACUGUGAACGGCUAUUCGCCAACUGAAAACUCUACCCUCAAUGGACUGGGCUGCCCAUCCUGCUUAUCUGAUAACUCUACCUGGUGUUACACUGAUGAAACCAUACAGUGCAGAGGGGAUGAGACUAUGUGUCUUCUUCUGCAGACAACACAAGAAUCAGGAUCAAUGUCAACUUCAACAGCCUUUCGAGGGUGCACAACAAAGUCUUUCUGUGAUCUUGGCAGUCAGUCCCAAAAUGAGACCGGAUCAUCUACUGAGGUUAAGUUUAACUGCACGAGAGCCAGCACCAUUGACAGUACCAGCGGCAGCCUGAGUGUCCAUAAAGUCGUCUUAACUCCAGCCAUUGUGUGUUUUCUCCUGCUGAAAUUGCUCUUCUAGGAUUCUUGGAGGAAUGUGGCCAAAAUAAAUGAAAAAGAUGUAUAUAUCGUAGUGUAUUUCAUAUUGUUCCUUAUUUCCUUUCAUUGUCAGUUACUUUUUUAAUAAACCUUGGCUGGAAAAUAUCUAAGUGCAGAAGUCAUAUAACAAUUGUCUCCAUUGAGAAGAAAAGAACAAUGGCAGUAGUAGGACAAAAAAAAAA